CUCAGUUUUUAGUUUGUAGCUGAGCUGCGAUAAGGCUUUCUGGGAAACAGGCUGGUUAGUCGGCAUUCCAUCUACCAAAAUCUAUGUCUGUGAGGCUGCUGGAACUUUCUUUAGCACCUUAAGAGAGGUGAGCAAAGCCAGCUUUUUAAGAUGGCUGGGCUUACCCCGCGGUCGUCUGUGUUUACAUUCGAGUCCACAGUUCAUUCCUCCCAGGUGCUGCACCGCUUGAAUGAGCAGCGCUGCCGGGACAUGUUGUGUGACGUGACGGUGCUGGUGGAAGGUCAGAGCUUUAGAGCCCACUGCUCUGUGCUCGCUUCCUGUAGCGAGUACUUCUUGCAAAAGAUUUCUUCCCCCACUCAGCACGGAGCAGUGAUCACUUUGCCUGAAGAGGUGACAGUGGCUGGCUUUGAACCACUGCUUCAAUUUGCCUACACAUCCAAACUCAACUUUGGAAAAGACAAUGUUUUAGAAAUACGAAGCUCAGCCUCGAUCCUUGGGUUCAGGGACUUGGACGAGGCAUGUUUUGAUUUCCUCCUGCCAAAGUUCUUUGUGAGUCGCAACGGCUCUGCCCCCAUUCCGCGAAAUACCUGUUGUCGGAAGGAAUGCAAGAGGCGAUUAUCAAAAGAAAAUAAUGCCACAGACUCUGAUGACGUGUUGUUGGAUGACAAAGAAGUAAAACCAGUUGCUGACUCAUCACCAAAGCGGGACGUGACUUGGGACUGUAACAAGUCGGUGAGCAACAAAAUGGGAAGUCAAAAUAGCACACGAAGUUUGGGAGCUGUAGCUGAAGGCAAAAAUGGCCCAGUCAUACAGGGUCCAAAGUAUCGCAAGUUCCAGUUGGCUUGCGAAAAGGGAAUGUUUGCCAGUGAGAAAUGCUCCUUCAAUUCAGUCAUAUCAGGGAUCAGGAACGGCUGUGCCCUCUCCUGCAUGUCGUGCCCCAACAAAGUACAUUGUGAAAAAAAAGCCGUGGUUGAUUUCCCUGGAAAUCCAAAUUCCAAUACAUGUAUAGAAAGCAAAGCUGAAGAACAAGAAGUGUGGGAAACUGAAAAACACAACAUGAAAAAAGAGAACUGUGAAAAUAAAGUUGUAGUUGAUAUUUCUAAGGAAGGUACAUUUGAAGAGGGAAACCAGUGUUGUAAGGUAGAGGAGAAGAACAUUAAGACUCAUGAAGAAAAGAUGGAGUACUCAUCUGAAAUCAUUUCUUCAGAGAAAACAAAAAUAAAGACACUCUCACCUAAGCCAAACCCAAUCCUCUGUGAGAGAUCAUCACUGCCCUUUUGCCCCUUAAUGUGUCUGGGUGUGGACUCUACAAUCACUCAGUCAAUGGGGAAUGAAAAGUGUGUUGUCAGCAAUACAGAAAGUAAAAUAUCAAGAGUCUCUGGCGCAAUAAUCUCAUGCUCUUCCCAACAAAAUGAGAUGUCAGAAGGCAAAGGACAAAAUCAAAAUGAUGCCAGUCAACAAGGAAGAAAAAGUGCACAAAUGUCAAACAUGGAAAGAGCAGCUAUCAUUAGAGAAACCUCCAGAGAGAGAAGCACAGUGAAGAAGGAAACGGCUGAUCAACUCCACGAGCAAUUCAGGUUCAGUAAAGAAGCCUACCAGCAAACCUUUCUGGACUGUGAAGCAGGGUGUUCCACAGAUGCAUGUGGAGAGUGUGUGCAGGGCUCAUCUCUACAGUGGUCAAACAUCGGUUCCACCAAAACUGGGUGCCCGUUUUACCAGGAUUUUGACCAAACGAACUGUGCAAUGUUUGAGAGUGAGGGGACAAAUCAGUCGUCUGUAAACUCAGGGGAGGAUGGAGAUUCUGAGACAGAAACAGAGGGAGACAGUGAGUUCUCCACCAGUGAAAGGGCACUACAGGUGCAGUUGCCAUUCUCUGUGGAUUGGAUUGUGAAUCUGAACCGAAAUGACUUCCAGCAUCUGCUGAAGCAGCAGGUUCUUACCCCAGAACAAAUAGAGUUUGUCCAUGAUAUUAGACGCCGCAGCAAAAACCGCCUUGCAGCUCAGCGUUGCCGCAAAAGAAAGCUGGACUGCAUAUAUAGUCUACAGUGUGAAAUUAACAAACUGAAGACAGAGAGGGAGAAACUGAUCUUUGAGAGGAGCCGGCUGACCCAGAGGAAAAUGGAAACAUGUCACACUGUAAAGGCUUUGUGUCGGCGGGUCUGCAGUGAAGCAAGACUACAACCUGACCAGCUACAGGUGUUAGCCAGUUGCACCUCUUCAGACUGCCCUCUUUCCUCAUUGGUUCCUCAGAUAGAUGCGCUUUUGUCACAACACGGAUCAUCACUUCAUCCACAAAAUGCGGCAUCCCAGGAAGAUACACUUAACCCACACAUAAAUACAAGCACAUGACAGAAAAGCUGAAGCAGUGCCACAGACUAUAAUGAUCAUUAAGCUGUAUAGUAUUCUUUUGCAUUUGCUAGGACAUUAUCAUGCACGGUGACCAAAGGACAGAAAUGUCCAGAGAUAGCAGACAGUGUAAUUGCUGUGAUCAGUAGAUUCUUUUCAUUUAUUGCUUAUUUUAUUCUCUUUUGAACUCAAAUAUAUUUGGAAUGGUCACAUUGAGUUAUUUUAUUUAUAUUCCAAAAUCCACAAUGUUAUUUGUCACUAGUUUUUUUACAGCAUUGCACAGUGUUUUACUUACUGUCCAGGGAGCCACUCUGACACAAGUGCUUCAAAAAAGUUAUCUGUAAAUUUCUGAAUGAACGGGUUUUGUAUUAUUUUUUAUUAAAUUCUUUAAAAUGUG